AACGACCGCAACAGCCGUUAUUUAUCGUGCCGGCUGGUAACACUGUGCGCGUUACGUUUUCUCGUACGUUUGGGGAAUUUUAUAACGCUACUAUCACUUUAUUGCCCGUCCCACGUCUGUUGCACUGUAAAUUCCACUCCGCGGCCGGUUUGUUACGUUAGUCUCGUCGUUACUUUCGGCCGGAGUUGUGUUUUCUUGCGUCCCGUACGGCUUCAGUGAAUAUUUUGUUUUCAGUAUUUUUUACUAUUUCAUUUUCUCAUCGAAGUUCAUUCGUAAAUGUCCAAGUAUUUAAUAAUUUAAAAAAAAAAAAAAAUCGAUUUCAGUGCAGCGUGCGGGUGCAUGUCGGUUUCGCCGCAAGUUCGACGUCGUAUUGUCACCGAGAAUUUCUGUAAGUGUUUGAACAAAUCAUUUUCAAAAAAAUACUAUCCCGAAUUCCGUUUGGUACUGUGCUACGGCUAAUGAGAGAAAAAUCUAUCGUUUUUAUAUUGUUUGUGGUUACCCCUAUAGGCCUGUUAAUUGUUUGGUUAAUUUUAACAAAUGACGUAACACACUAUAAAUUCCUUACGUUUUAAAAAUAAAUCGGUUUCAUAUUUCAACACGUACCUACAACCGGCUUUUGGAUUUGUCUAAUCUAAUCGGAUGAUAAAUCCCUAGGACCUAAGUCCCAUUUUUGAGUUUAGAUUCUUUUCGACAUUUAUUUAACUGCACGUAAUGCAGUGAAUAAUAAUAUCAUCUACCUAGGUAUACCUAGGUACAUUUAAUUAUUUUGUACUGUGUACUUAAUGUACUUACUGUACUUAAUACUGUCGUUGAAAGCAAAUAUUACAUUUGUAUUCAAUUUCUACUAGAUACAAGUCACACACACAUAUAUAUAUUAUGCACACUCAAAUUUGCAGUGUCAAUUUGUCAAAAUAUUACCUGUCUGGUCACUAUUUAUUUUAGUUAUUGGUUGGUACACUAAUUAAAAAAUAACUCAUUCAUAAUAAUAAUAAUUUUUAUAUUGAUAUCUCUGUGUAAAAUAAUAACAUUUUCUGAAACAUGUUUUGUUCUACUCUAGUUGAAUAAUUUUGGUUUGUUUUAAUUGGUUUGUUCAAUUUUAAAUGUUAUUAGGCAUUUAUGGAAAUUUAUUAGUAGGGUUUAAUUAAAUAUAGCUGUAGAUUCUUUUAUUUUAUGAAUAUUGCAAUUAGAUAGGAUGUUUUAAACUUUUUAAUAUUUGGAAAAUAUGCUUAGUAUUGUUCGGGGUAAAAUGUAACUGUAAUGUCAGUAUUGAACUCUUGAAUGUAUCUAAAUAUUAGCAACUAAAGUAGCAUUAUAUUUUGAUUGAUAAACCUAAUAGAUUAUAUUAUUUUUGAAAACUAUCAUUAAAAUCACUUUAUAAUAUUGGUAGAUAGAUUCUUCUGGUAGAUAGAUGUCGGUAUUUAUCUGGUGGUCCGAAUAUGAUCGUGUUUUAUAGCAAGAGAUAUGUAUUAAGGAGUUCAUAUUUAAUUUAUAAUUAUUAUUAUACUAAGUUAUUAGAAAUAUUUUAAUUGUAUCUAGAUACUUAUAUAGAUACAUUUUAUUCAAAGUUUUAUACAUAUAAACACAUUUAAUUUGGUUUUCUUGCGUAGAAUCAGAAAAGUUUUGUUGACAUAAUUUAUUGUUUCUAUUUAAAAUAAUAAAUAAUAUAAUUCCGAAAUCAAAAUGUUUGUAGAAUAAGUAGUUAAGUAUUUAAUUUUGUAUAUAUUGAUAACAUGUUAAUCAGUGAAAUACAAAAGUAAUUUGCUGUAGAGUAACAGAUGGGUAAAAAAUACCAAUUUCCCUUGAAUGGGUAAUACUACUAAGUAAAAUAAAUAAUUAAAUGUAUACUUAAUACAUUUAUAAAACUAUCCCAUUUUAUUAAUGAUUUGAUCAUUAUUAAUUUUAUUUUACAAUGUUUAUUUAUAGAUAUAUUAUUUACUUAAUUAAAUUUUUAAAUUUUAUUGUAUUUGUCGCUUUUAAUAUAAUAUGUAUUUACUCAACAAUAAUGUCAGCCUAGUUGUAACUUUAUUAACACAAGGAGAUUGUUAUUUCCUUGUCGUCAAUUUAAUUGAUAGAACCCAAUUUACAUUUAGUUUUAGAAGCGUAUAAUGUUAUUAAAUUAGUUAUAAUAUUUAAACACUCAAUUUAGUUAAUUUUACAUUGAUUUAUGAUUAUCAAGUACUUAAUAAUUUCCAAUAAUAUUUCAUUGCUUAUACUUGUACAUAUAAUAAAAUGUUUUAUGUUCUGUCAUGAAUUAAAUUGAUUUAAAAUUGGACAAUUCAAAAGAAAAUUGUCUACAGUAUUACAUGUCUUAUCUAAGAAGUUAUUGCCUAUAAUUUUUGGAGUAUUUACUGUCUAGUUUGAUGCUUUAAAACAGAGUUUAAAAUUAUUUUAUUUUUUGUUUAUUAUUUUCCAAUAAGGUUAUUGUUGUAAAACUAAUUAGUGAUAAUCUUAACCUCAUACCUAACUAAUAAGGCUAAAUAGGAUAUUAUAAUAUUAGGUUUGUAUAUAGAUUUUUCAUUUUAGGAUAGUUGUGUUUUUUCUGCAUUUUUUCUUUUUUAAUAAUCUAUACAUUUAAAUAUCUUUGUGAGAUUUUAACAAACUCUCGGUAUUCUUCUAUCAGUUUUCAAAAGAAUCAGUAGUUCAAACAUACAAAUAAAUAUGAUACCUAUUUAUAUGUUUAAGUGUUAAAGAUUUCUUUUUAUAUGUGGUUUAAAUUAUUAUUAUUAUGAUUAUUCUUGUUCAUAACAUUUAUUACCUUUAAAAUCAUCACGAAAUUUACCCUUUAAAGGGGUAAGUUAAAUUUCUGAAUCUACUACUAACUGAAACAUAUAACAGUUAUUCAGAAUUUACACAUUUUUAGUAAAUAGAUACCCAAUUAUUUUGUUCUAUUUUUCUGUCUAUCACCCAAUACUCCAAAGCAUAUAACAUAAUCUCACCAUACUUCUUAAACAUUACCUUUAAGUCUGAUUGGAAUUCUCUUGUCACCUAUAACACCUGAUGCUUCUCUCCACUUAACCCAACUAUACUUAAUUUUAUGUUUUGCAUUUUCGUCAAAGGAUUAUAAUUCUGGCGAGUAUUUUUGUGCAAAGGAUCCUAGGUACUUAAAACUUUGAACGUUGCUUAUUGUGUCACUGUUUAAUGUUUAUUGUUAUAAGCUGUCUUAUCCUGUUCCUCCAAAUUUAUUCUCUGUUUUACUUCUACUUAUCCUUAGUCCCUUUCUAUCGAGUGCGCUAUACUCUCCAUUUGUUGCCCAUUACUAACUUGCUAUUCAUAUUUCUCCUUUCAAAGUUAUAUUAUCUGCAAGCUUCUGCUAGGUCAAACAAUAAGUCUAUAAUAAGUUCCUAAUUAAUAUUUUUAAUAUCUAACAAUUUGUAUUGUUACCUAAGUAAUAUUUGUGUAAAUCAAAUAAUAGUACCUAUUGAUGGGCAACAGAAAUAGCGAGGAACGCGCAAGGUAUUCUGUAUUUCUAUACAAAUAGAAACGAAAAAGUGAUUACAUUAAAAAAAAUGUACUUUCCUAUUACAGUUAGACUAGGUAGGCACCUUUUUCAUUUACAUUAAGUGCACACGAACAAACACUAAGAUCAUUGAGGCAGAACAUUACAGUAGAAUUAACCCCGAGAGUACCGAGUUCCCAUAAAAGAAAAUAAGGCACUAUACGAAAUGAUAUUGCAGACGAUUGAAAAUAAUUUCUGAGAAUAUUGUAAAAUAAGCGUGAAGGGCCAAGUAAAUAAUAUAGUAAAUAUUUUAUCCCGUUGCCCAAUUUUCUAAAUUUGUAUUACCUAUCUAUAAAACAUUAUCAUAAUUCUCGUUUUAAAAUUGGGUUAUCUGUAGAUAUAAGAAAAGACAAGGAAAAAUGAGACACAACAAGUUAUUUUAGUAUUCUAAAUAUGUAUAAUAAUAUAGUAGGCACGAUCAUUUAUGUGCUUAAAUAUUAUAAAAACCCAAAAGUAUUCGUAUAACAUGUAUCUUUUUAUGUACCAUUUUUUUUUUUUUUUUGCGUCUUUGAUUGUUGCUUUUUUUACUUGUUAUCAAAAUUAUCACCUUGACGACUGUCCACAAAUACGUUUAUUUUUAAGCAUACGUAACAAAAAACUUCUUAAUUUAAAUUUUGGUAAAUAAAUCAUAAUAUGUCAAUUUGAAAUAUUUGCGAAUCGUACCUAGUUGUAAACUAAACUUUAUAUUUGUCACUCAAAGUAUGCAUAGGUGCAGUAGCGUAUCAAUAUGGUGGCAUGACGGCAAUGAGUCACGGGCCCAUGACAUCUAUCUUCCCAAAACAGGAACCAAGGCAUUAUACGGGAGUACAAAAAAAAAGAAAACAUGCAACGAUGUUUAUUUUAUUUUACUCCAAUCCGUGUAAAUUGAGCCCCAACUCGGAUUAUGCACUUGGCCCACAAUUGGUUGGUUUAAUCUAGAAUAUUUUGCCACGGGUAUUUAGAAGUUAUACUUACGCCACUGCCUUGGUGUUUAAUUAUUUUAAUUGUGUUAUAAAUAUCGACUUAUUUUUGGACAAUUUGUUGCUUCUUAUCUUAUAUUUUAUAGCUAGAAUACAAAUUAUAAAAUAAUAAGAAAUCAUUAAGUUUAAUAGUUAUAUUCUUUUUGUCUGUUCUAUUUUUCCGCAGCAUAAAUUUUAUGUUUAAUAUUUAAGUUUCAUACUUUUGUUGGAACAAUAAUAAUUAUCAAAAUAUUCUAUUUCAAAUUCUAUUAACCUAUAAUACCAAUAAUUUUGAUUGUAAGUUUUUAAGUAGAUAUUAAAUUUUGAUUCAAUAAAACCUAAUAUUUAUGGCUGCUUUAAAAAUGUUGAGUAAAAUUUAUUCAAACGACAUAAAUAAUAAACAGAAAUAGGUACCUAAUUAAAAAAAUUCACCACACAAACAAUAUUUGUCCGAUCGGAAAUCGAGUUUGUGGAAUAAAAGAAAGCUUCGUUUUUAGAAAUAAAAACAAUGACUUAUUCCUUUCACAAGUGUUAAAUAAUAUUGUUUAUUGUUACGAUUACUUUCAUAGAAGUACAUUAUUACGAUAUAUAUAAUGGUUCAAUUGUUAAAUGGUAAUUUUAUUGUUUCAGAGUGUAUGAUAAUGUUUGUACCCAUUAAUAUUGUACUCAAAUAUUAUGAUUUCCUAUUACUCGUACAUUAAUAUAAUUGGAAACUAAUAUUGUACUUAUUUAUUUUUUUUUAUUAUCAAAAAGACAUAGGUACACAAUAUUAUUUGACUUGAAAUAUUCCAUCAAUAAUGAUGAAUAUAAAUUUGUGUAGUGUUUUUAAUUUUUAAUCAAUAUUUUUACAUCGAUCGUUAACAGUAGUUUUAAUAUUUUUUUGAACUUCUGACCCAUGAAAUUCCUACCUAUUCUUUGAGCUAAAUCGAUCUAACAUCAUGGUAGAAGACACAUUAAUUGAUAUUGAUAUUAUUAUUUUUUCGUUCAUGUUGACUUACAUGUUUUAGUUCUUACAAUAUCCACAGAGUACCUACCAAAUAAAAAUUACGUAAAAAACUCGCAAAAUUAAAAUGUCUGUUAAUAGCUUAAAAAUAGAUAAAAUGUUUUGAAAAUUUUACCACGUCUAGAAAAGGAAAAUAUAAGUUUUCUGUCCAAAUUUCAAAUCUAUGAAUAUUCUUAACUGAAUUACAAAAAAAAAAAACAAACUUAUAAAUAAUACAUUUCGCAAAUGUUUUCGUUUUUCCGGAACAAAAUUUCUGGUAGUAAAGUUGUUCACGGAUAAAAAAAUGUAAAAUAAGAGCUGAUGUGUGUGACAUUAUUGCAGGUCAGAAAUUGUAAUGAUGAGAUAUAUACAGGGUGAUCAAUCUAUCAUAAGACACUUAUUAUCUCGAAAAGUAUUAUCUUUUUUCGAAAUUUGUUUUAUAGAAAAUUUUGUAAACAAGUAGCUGUGCAAUUUUAAAUAUAUGUUAUUUUUUAUCAUCCUAAUGAUUAGGAGUGAAAUGACUACCUACUUUUGACUUACAAAUGGGAACCUAUAUUAAAAAUUCCAUAAAUGAAUGUAGUAGUAGUUAAAAUAAAUUUUGGUUUUUAAAUUUUAAAUUUCCGUUAAUUCAUUGACGAGAUAUUCGGCUUUUAAGUUUGGAUCGGGAAAGAGUAAUGGUACAUUGUUAAAACUCCGCGCGCUGUGCCGCCACACAAAUGCUCCAUUACUCUCCUCUCACCCAAACUUAAAAGCGGAAUAUCUCAUCAACGAAUUGACGGAAAUUAAAAAUUUAAACACCAAAAUUUAUUUUAACUAUUACUCCAUUUAUUUAUGGAAUUUUGAAUAUAGGUUGCUAUUUGAAAAUCAAAAGUAAACAGUCGUUUCACCCCCAAAAAUUAAGAUGGCAAAAAAUAAUGUAAAUGCUUAAUUUUAGAACAGCUUGUUUCUUAAAUGUUCUUUAAAACAAAUUUUGACAAAAGUUUCCGAGAUAAUGAGUGAUUUAUGAUAGAUUGAUCACCCUGUAUGUAUGGAGUAAUUUAAUUUAUACGCAGUGGUAGAUUAUUAUUGACGGAAAACGAUUCUGAACAAUAUUCUGUUAAAUAUAUUUUAAAACUGUGAUUUUUAAGAAUUUCACAAACAUUUAAACUUAUUAUUCUUAUAAAAAAACUUGGUACCACAUACUACGAGCGAUUUUACUAGGAACAAUUAUUUAUGAUAAACCUCAUGUAAAAUUUUUGAGCAUUUUUGCUGUACGAAAACAACUUUAUCCACAUAAAACCAUAUAAAAACUUGAAAAUAUCAAAACGACUAUAAAUAAUUCGAAAAUCGACAGAAUGUUUUGAAAGUUUUAUUAUAUCUAGAAAAACUAAGAAGGUUACAAGUAUUCGGUGAAAUUUUCAGGUCUACUAUUAUUUGUUUACUGAAUCGUAAAAAAAUAAAAUAAAAAUAAUAUAUACCGUUAUUGCGUACGUUUUCCCAAUCAUUAAGAAAAAUACUAGGAAAAUUCAAAAGAUGACCUUCCUGAUGCAUCUAAUCAACCCUGAAGUUAAUGAUCGUAGCAACAUUUCUGGUAAAAAAGUUAUUUGCAGACUCAUCAACAAAUACAUCUUAAUAAAAUCGAUACAUUCCUCGCUACGCUCGGCAUUUUAAUUUGUGGUAUAAAAUAUCAUAUACCAAACAUAAUAUAUUAUUAAUAACAUCGGCCCACAUCAUAAAUUACAUAAUUAAAAUUUUCAUUAUAUCAGAGGUAAUAUUAAAUCUUUUAUCAAUUAAUUCUGUUUUUGCUUCAUAAAAGAAACCCACAUGAUGCUAAUGAGAGUACCUUCUCAUUCGAGAAUUUAACUAUAGUUAAAAUUCAAUGUAAUCAUUAACUAAAAAAAUAUGAGAAAAAUCAAAAUUUUUAUGGACGUCACUAAUUUAUCAGCAAUAUUGUAUUUGUGCAAUAUACCUAUUCAUUCAGUAACUAAAAUAAUACUUAGAUAUCGUAAUACUAUAUUACGUUUAUACGUUAGUGUGAGUAUUUGGCUAUUUUUUACAUUUUAAGCAUAAUUUUUAAUAUUGGUAUAAUAAUAAUAAUAAUAAUUAAUAAUGCAAAAUCGUAAAUUUGUCCAUUGUUCGUUUGAGAAAAAAUUAUAUUCUUUAUGUUUCUCUUGCUAUAACAUUGACCCCAGUGAGGAUGGAAGAAAAACCGGUUCGCGAUGCAGGUUUUGUCUGUAAAGUAUAUAUUGUAACUUGUGCGUUUCUGGUUGAAAAUAUUAUCGUGGCACAUAUAGACAGUGGUCACUGAAGUUGUAAAACAGUGGAACGUAUAAAAUAUUAUAAACGAAGUACCGUUUUUAGUUUUAACUUUUAUAGAUAAGUGUAUAAUCAAUAAUGCGAUGUUAGACAAGUAUAUUCUAGUAUUUUAUACCUAGAUAAUAGUUUUGAACUAUAUUUUGUUCUUUUGUACGUUUUACUAAAAAUUCAAUUUUUUUGUUCAUACGAACGUAGACAAAGUUAAUAUUAAUUUAAAGACGUUAUUUGUGUGUUCGGUCCGUUCCUUGAAAUUUUAAUGACCAUAUCAUGUCCUUCGAUACAGAUUUUUGUUGUAUCUAUAUAGCCUUGUUAGUUGUCCAUAUGAUAAUAAACCUUUACAAUAUUUAAAUCAAAUGUUUAAUCACGAACAGAUAAUAAAUUUAAUUUUUUUUUACGAGAGUUAAACAUUUACCGGUACAGCUAGACAUUAAUAUUGUUUAUACUCGCUUGUUCUUCAAUAGUAAAUGUAUGAAGUCAUGUGCGUUAAUUAAUCGUGAAUCGGAUAAUAUAUUUGUAAGGACUUGAGUGUUUGAUUUUCGAGUAUUUCGAACAGUUAUUUUUCAAAAUUACGUAUGCAAUAUAUCCGUUGGGUAUUUUUUUUAUAUAUUUUUGAACUUGAAUGAUUAUGAUAAUAUAUAUACAUAUAUAUAUUAUAUUUAUUGUAUACAUUGUAAUCACUUAUUUACUGUAAUAAAUACCAGUCACUAAGCUGAAAAAUAACGUAUUAGGUUACUUAAUAAUAUGAUUUUAAAUGGUAUUUACGAAUUUAAAAAAAAAAACCUAGAGAAUCGCAUGUCCAAUAUUGAAUAGCUGCGAGUUUUACUACCAAGACAUACGACCAACGUGCCGCUCGGAUGACGUUGACCGUUAGUGCUCCUGAUGCUGAAGGUCAGUCGUCGUUUUGUGUUAUGACGAUGUAUAUAUCACGAUUAACUUUUAAAUUAUUGGGCUUGCGAUCAUUUCACGAGCUAAUAUCAUUCAAAAAAAAAAAACGAAUCAUAAGAUAUACUAAUUGUGUGUUUGUGUAUACCUUUGAAUUUUUUUAUUAUACAUAAUUUUGAAAAUGUAUUUUUCUUACCGUUAUUUUACGCUUAUUACUUUGGUUACGAUCACUUAAAAAAUAUGGUGGACAUUUUUUUUUUGUCUGUAUUAUUAUUUCCAUAUACUAUCUGUCAUCCGUAUAUUGUAUUUUUGUUAAUCAUUUGAAAUAUUAUCGUAAAGUAGUAGCGUUGUGUUAUUUACUAUUUUUCUUUACCAUGUUAAACUGUUAAUGAACCCGAGUAUUGGUUUCUCAUCUAGGUUUUAGAAAUUGAGACAGAAAUAUAGUAGUGAUUUGUACACAGCCGUAUGGCGUUAUAUAAUAGCCGGUCUAGAAUCGUAUUAUUAACCGACUUCAUUUCAAAAAUACAGGAGGUUAUAGUAGACAAUUAAUUGGCCUUGGCUCCAUACAAUGCAUAUUUUGUUGUUACGAAUUACUUAGUAGACAUUAUUUUAUUCAAAUCGUAUGAUCUAGUAUGACGAAAUAAAACAUGAUUGUGUUUUAAAAUUAAAUUGGAGUUUUGUAGUUGAUACUUUGUUGAUGAUACUAUAAAUAAUAAACUUGUGGCAUUCCGUAUCUUCUUCAUCCCCGCCUUUAUACAUCAAUAUCAGACAACUUCGAUACACGCACUAGUGGUUUUUUUCAUACCUAACUAUUUAAACAAGGUAACCUAACCUAACCAUCGACGGUGUUGGCGCAGUGUAACACAUAUUGAUAUUUUUCCUACAAGAUGUGUUAUUACUUAGACAUUAUCAUAAUAUUAUCAAUAUUAAAACAUCACAGACUAUGGUCGGUGAGAUUAAAUAUAACUAUUAUUAUCCUACUACCGUGGUUAUGAGUAAUUAUUUAUUAGAGAUUUUUAGUAUUUGAUUAAAUAUUUUAAAUAAUUUUUGCUUUAAUUUUUUUAAGUGUCAUACAAAAUACAACGUAGCUUUAAUAAUAUUUAUACAUUUUAAAUAUCCAGCCAUCAUAGUUCAAGAUAAUGAACAAUAUUUAAAAAAUUCCAAUAAUCUUAUGGGCAGGUAUAUUAUAUGCCACUGCCGUCGGUUACCUCGUUUGAAGAUAAACCAUGGUUCACAUUUCGGAUGCCAACGGAGAUUCCUAUUUAAACAUUUAAAAAAAUAAUAAAACGUUUAUAAUCAAUAAUGAAAAAUUGAUAAGUUGGUACCAACUUAGAAACAAAUAAAAUUGUUUUUCAGGAAUGUAUAAUCUUCUAAUUUAUUAUAAUUUAAUAAAACGAACAUUAAUAAUAUCUAAUUAAUACACAUAUACAAAAAAAUAUAUGUAAAGUAUAAUACACGUUAUCGAUAAAAAACAAUUAUAAAAAGUUAAUUAAAACUAAAUCCACAACGGCGAAGUAGUUCAUAAAUUUAAAAUAUUUGAAAUAUUUCAGACAAAAAAUCUAACAAACAUAUUUAUUAUUAUUAUUAUUAUUUUUUUAUGACCACUAUAUAAUAUUUCAGGUACCCAGUUUCAAAUACUUAUUACCUUUUUUUAUGUGUACCGAACUGAUCGGUCGAAAUGUACUUAAAUUCUGAACUUCUAUUUUACAACGAAUAACGGUAUAAUUAUGACAUUUGGGCAGUAUAGGUAUAACUAUAUACAAUCGUACGUAGACACUGUACACGGCAAAUAGAGUAUUUAAACACGGUUACCUUCUGCAUUGGUAAUAUUAUAAGCAUUUCGCUUAUGCAAUGUACCAAUAUGUAGUUUAGCUUCAAAGAGAUUGUGUAUAUAUAAUAUAUAACAAAUAUAAAUGUAUAGUUUUAAACGAAAAAGGCCAAUUUAAUCAGCAUUAUUCAAUUAAGAAUUUUGAGUCAUGCAAACUAUAGUUUGUGAUUUUACACAUACCGCGCCUUACGUUAUUUUCAUGUAGAUCACGAAUACGAAUGAGUUUUUGUAGCGUGAUUGUCAAAGUUUAGUUCCCUUAACGUGAAAAAUAAUAUUGUUGCUCUAAAAUUCUAAUUUUUGUUAUAAUAUCAUGAACAAAUAAUAUAUGAGUAUAAUACUCUUAUUUUAGGGUUGUAUCCCCGAAAGUAAUAUAAAUAUUGCAUUAUUAUGCAUAGCAAUGAUUAAUACAUAUUUAAUUGGUGGUUUUCUCUUUUUCUCAUAUAAAAAGAUUGGUUGGCAGCCUCCUGGAGUUCUCCAUUUGUCGUGCUUCUCUGCUUUUAUUCUUAAAUUCGUGCUGUUUCUCGACCUAAAUCUUUAAUUAUACUUAGCUCAGACAUUCGAGUGGUCUCCCUCGGAUAUUUUUUCCUUCUAUGGAUCCUUCUAUUAUAAUAUUUCCUAGUAGAUUGUUAUGAUGAAAUGUAUGUCCAUUUAAGUUAAGCUGUUCUAAUCUUCAGGGUUUAAAUGACCCUUCUUUAUUCUCCUGCUCUGCGGAAUAUUUCUUAAUUUGGUAUAUAAUCCACCUAAAUUAUUUUAAGAAUUAUAAGAAUUUUUCUAUAGCCGUGAAUUUGAAUAAUUUUUUUUCUUCAGCCUUCCUUUUUGUCCACGACUCACUCCUAUAAAGUGUGAAAUAAUCAACGAUCUAGGAUACUACCAAAAAGAUAAUUUAUUUGUUUUUUAAAACAUUCAGUUAUUUAUUAUAUGAAAACAUAUUUAAUUUGUCUUCGAAAUUUAAUCUUUUGAUUAUUACAGCUAAUUAUUAUGGCUUUUAGUUUUCAAAUAACAACCUGCAUGCAGGUCAUUUAAAUGUUAAACUCUUAGAGUUUUUUUUUUUUUUAAAUUUAAAAUUACUGAUUCUAUGUUAUACUUGUUCUGGUUAGAACAUAAUAGUAUUUACUUUACCUUUCUGUACCUGUGGUCUUACUUCGUUAGAUUUAUACGCAAAUUAAAUAGGUAUCGCAUCUUUUAAACAUAUUUGCCAUUUGCUUUGAACGCUAAAACAAUUUUCGAUAAUAGUAUAUUCCUAACGUACAAUAUAAUAUGUUUUUCAUUUUGAUAAUAUAUGGCUGUAAUUAUAUUUGAAUUCAAAAUGAAGUAAAAUUAUUCUCGUCACACGAACAGCCAGUAUAUUUAUUGAUGGCUGCGGAGUGUGCAAAGUAUUUUUUUUAUAUUUUCGAUGUUACAACGUUAAUUGACCAUGUACAUGUCUAUGCAUUUUAAGGAUGGAUUAUAAUUUUAUUAUAAGGAUAUAAUAUAUCAAUGUAAGUAUGGCAUGCAAUAAUGUUAUAAGUUCCUAGAAGAAAUAAACGUUAAAACACGUAGAAAAACUGUUUCACAUUAUAGAUGUCAGUCUAUAGAUAGUUUUAUUAUUAAAUUAUCUAUUUAAAGUUCGGUGGGAUAAAUGGAGGAGGGUAUUUAUGUAAAUAUAUAAGUUAUUCACAACCCUUUAUGUUCUUCUGGCCUAUUUUUAGAUUCUGAGUUGAGCAAGGAAUUGGUUUUAUUAUGAUGUUUAUUAAUUUUAUUUUUUUCUAUGAUCAAUUUUUCUACCAGAAUUUUUUUUCUAAUUUUCAAGUGUAGUGUUUUUUCCGAAAUUUGAUUGAGGUGGGUGGUACUUGCCAUUUUUUGAUUUUUUUAGGGGUUUUAAUAAUAAAUGGGAAAAAAUUUAGGAGAACGAGAAAAUUUACGAAAUUUAUUAUUUUUAAAUCGUAAAUAUUAUACGGCCUUUCAAAACAUGUGACCUAAAACAGUGGCAUAACCUAACCCAUCGUGUCAACAAAACUUUUUAAAAGUAUUUUCCUCACAUUUAUUGAUUUAUGUUUGUUAAUAUAUUUUGUCUAUGUUUUUAAUAUAUUACACGGUAUAGUUUUUUUUUUCGUUUAGAUAGUAUUUUUUGGUGGUAAUUUUCUUAUAUAACUCAUUUUUUCGAUGCGAAUAUACUCUAACUUCUGUAAACUGUCCGUUACUUGUGAAACUAUCAAUACGUAAUAUAUUUGAAAGCGGCAUUCAUCAUUAAUAAAAUGUUGGUCAUUUAAACUAAUUAAGACGAGUAAUAAUUUAUUAUUAAUGAUUUGACAUCUAUUUCAUAAAUUUAGCAAUUUAUCUAAUUUAUAUAUUAUUUAAAAUAUAUUUUUCUUUUUGUAAAUCUUAGUCAUAGCGUAAAAUAUAGUCUUGACCUUUACUCGUAGUCAAAUAUUAUUUUGGUUCUUGGCUUAAACCGAGUUCAAGGAUUCUUCAUACACGUUUUGAAACAUGUACAAAUCGGAAGUUAUUUUUCUUUUAACGUUAAUUUUGUAUCAUUUUUUUUUGUAUUCAGUACUUAAUACAUUUUUGUAUUAUGAAAUAUAUUCUGAAAACCUAAUUGUUUAUUAAUAUAUAUUUAUCAUUGCAUUUUUAAUUACAGUUUUGAUAAUUUCGUAUUAAUUUAUGCUUGAUUUUAUUAAGACGGUUUUGAGUGUUACGAAUAUACAUUCGAAGUAUAUACUUAUCAUGAACCUCGGUUUUAUGUCACUUAUAAGUACAAUUGAACAUUAAAAAAUAUGAAAUGCGAACAAUUUAUAAGAUCGGAUAAACAUGUAGAUUAUUGAACGCAGACACUUUGUAGUUGUUACUACUAUAUACAUACAAACAUACGUGUGUAGUAUAAAAUAUAUACACAAACAAGUCACGUAAAAUUAUAUUAACAAUGUUGUAAAGUUUAAUGGGAUAUUAACAAUAUUUGAUACUUUAUCGUAGGCGUAAAUUGCCCAAUUAUUUUGGGGUCGUUUAACACCGCAAAUAUUGAAUAUGUAUAUUUAGUAUUUACUUGAUAAGGACUUGAUUUGGAGGCUCAGGUGAGUUUUUUUGGGAGGGCUUAAUUCCCACUCCUAUUUGAGCAUAAUAUGCAUCUUAAAUUCCAAAUACGAGGAAAUUACGAAGAUUUCGUUUAUCAUUGAAAUAAAUUUCACUACGAUAUUUUAGACGACUACUGUAAUGAUAACAAUAAUUUCACUUAAAUUGAGAUCAAAACUCGCCAAAGAGGUGAUUUUGAUUAUACCGUGCUAUGGACAAAUUUAAAAGAUAUACGUUGGAAUUUGGAAAUAUUCAAAGACUACGUUUAAGGGAAAUUAUAAACAAAUACCGAUAAAUUUAAGGUGAAUAAAAACAAAUUAUUAAAUGUAUGUAACUAAUACGAAAAAAAAAAAACCAAUUUCGAACUUUUAAAUUAAAUUUAUUUUGCUUUUAGUUUUUAAUUAUAUAUUUUAGAUUCGGAGCGUAGGAUUUAUUUCAGGUUUUACUGUGGUUUUAAAUAUUUGUCAUACGCCGUAACUUUAUAGUUUAUACAUAUAUAUUAUUUAUUUCAUUAAAAUGUAUAGUAACAUAAUAUGUAAGUAUAAUAAUAUGUUUAUAUUAUGCACAUUAUAGUAUUAAGUGUCCACAUUCUGCAAUCUACAUUUAUACUCGACCGUGUAUAGUAUGCGCGUUUUGCAUUUUAUAAACAAUGAACCGUACAAAGUGAUCCUGCAAUUUACCCUGCAGCCUACCCCAAAACUACCACCUUCUCGUGCUCUCAAAAUGAUAGUUUUUUUUUUUUUUAAACAUAUGUUUUUAUACAUUUUUGGAAAUUAAGGUAAUAAGGACUGAAAUUUAAGAAAAAAUGGUCUAGUUGAUCUCGUGUCGAAUCUGUUUUCAUAACUCUUAUCGCUUGAUUACAUCGAUCGAUUGUUUGAAAUCGUUAUGCUGCGUGUAUAUGUUGUAUGUGUUAGACAAAAAAUGAUACGGGAAUCUCCGUUCCGUUUCGAAUCCCCCUAAUAACGAUAUAUACCGACUUUUUUUAGUAAAAAAACUUUUACAUUUUUUUAUUGUGGUACUUAAGUGUUUAAAUCGUUUUGAAUUACGUUAGAUAGUCAUUUAUUUUUUAAGUUCCGUAUAUUUGUUGUUCUAGUACUUAGACAAAUUGUUUUAAAAGUCAUGUUGGGAAUUGUUUGUUGGAACGUGAAAUAAUUAUUUCGUGCUUGAUAAUAUUUAUGUGCGUUUUAAAAGUAUUUUUAAUAAAAAAACAAAAAAACAUACCUAAUAAAUAAACUGUCUUUUUCUUGAAAUAAUAUUUGUGGUUUAUGUACCUAUUAAUAGAACUAGAUAAGUAAAGCUAAAAAAUAAAAUGUUGCAUAGCUUCAUAAUGAACUGUGAAACUCGGUUGGCAUCAAUCCACCUAAGACUACAUAACCUAACAUAUAUUUAAUUCUCGACCAUAUUUUAUAAAUUGCAUAUUAUUCUUCUCAAUAUUUUUACUUAAAAAAUAAAUUAACAGAAAUGUUCAGUAAAAAUUAAAUGAAAUAUAUAUUAUUUGAAUUGUACAGAGCACGUUCCGUAUUUGGCUAUACUACUGUGAAAAUAAGAUUAAAAUAACUCUAGAUAUAUAAAUGUGCCAACUUAACGGUUUUAGUUUAUCAAAAUACUCUUCGUUUGUGUAUUCAAAUAGCUUUUUCAACUGAUCUUUAAAUUUGUAAUAUUAUUUUAUUAACACAUUAGUUAUUGAUUUUUUUUUUCCAAAUAUUAUAUUAUAAAUGAUAGAACGGUAUAACGAGUAUUAUUAUAAAAUAGCAGUAAUUGUCCGUACCAAAAUAAAAAAAAAAAAAAAUUAUUAUUGUUCUCACGAAUUUUACACGUAGUGGUUUAAUUCAUUAAAAGACAGUUGUUAUCACGUCAUAUUAUUCGAAGACAUUCUUCUUUACUUAUUGUUUAUAACUUUUUGUUUUUAUGUUCUCGAAAUAAAUAAGGAAAAUUACGCACACGGCUGAGGUAUGUUAAUGGUUUUCUACACGAGUAAAAUAUAAAAUACAACUCGUUGCAUAUUUCGUAGGUGUACUUGAUAAAAUUUCUCGUAAUUAAAAUCUACUAAUUUAGUACCGUUGUUAUCGAUACGAUGUACUAUUUAUUAAAAUUAUAUGUUUUAAAACAAGAAAAAAAAUGAUCAAAUUUAAUUUUGAAUUAUUUAUAUUGAAAACGGUAGGUAUCUGCGAGUGUCUGGAAACAAAAACUAUCGCAAUCAGCGGUAGAUACAUGGGGAAGGAGGGCGAUUGACUCUCCCCUCGUUCGCUCCAAAAUAUAUUUAUAGCCCCCAUAUAAUAUCUGAUUUUUAUUAUAAAUGUGUGUCUCAUAUAUUAUGAGUUUUUAAAAUCGUCACCCCUCCCCCCCUCUUUUAUCGUCUUGGAUCCGCCCCUGAUACAUGAAUUAUGUAAAUGUAUUUUGCAUUUAACUAUUCAUUCGUUUCGUUGUUUUGUUUUUUUUUUUAUUUCUUUAGUAAAAAAAAUAUAUACAUAAAUAUAUAUAUUUCCAUUAACUCCAUAACUAUAAUACAUAACUUACCAAUAUUUUGUUUAUAUUGUGCCAAAAGUCUUGAAAACGUAAUAAUAUUUUAAAGUCAAACAAUAUUUAUAAAAUAUUAUGUUAUAUUUUUCGUGAAAUCGGUUUGAUUUAUGUAUUUUUCUUUUUUAAAACAUUAUUUUUUUGUACAAAGUAUAAAUAUAAUCUAAAAGGGUGUUCUACGUCGCCGCGGUACGAUUCAGUAGCAAUAUGUUUAUUCUAAAAAUCACGUUCUUUACCGAGAAAUUCGAUACCAUUCUUUUUUAGAGCUGUCCUAAAUAAUACGUGCAUUUUAUAGGUUUCAUUCUUUGAAUUUGUGUAAUUUGUGUUGUACGAUUUUCUUUUAUUCGUCGCGAGUAUAGGUUAUAUAAGUAAUAAUUUCGUUUUUAACCGAAAUCGCAUUAAUUUUCGUCAACGUAAACCAAAAUAAAUAUUGCGCGUAAUGUAGGCGUAAUAUGUACCGCGGAUCUAUUGAUCAAUAAAAUACAACCAGAGACUUGUUCGUUGAAAAGUAUAAUCAUUCCGCGGACUGUUGUUGGACCGGAGAGUAUAAAAAAAUUAAUCUCUAUUUAUGCGUGUGCACACAAUUCACAUAUAUACGUGCAUAUAUCGGAUCAGAUUCUUUCAUCGUUCAUUCGAAUGUACAGUGUACACACACAAAAGUACAAGAAUGCGUUGUCGGCGGUGCCAAAACGAAAAUAUCUUUGGUGGAGAAUUACAUAAAGAAAAUGUUCCACGUUUUAAAAUCUUGGCCAGUACAUAUAAUAAUAAUAAUACGCGUGUUCGUGCAUAAAACGCCUAAAACGAUUAUACGGAUAUUUGGAUUCCGGGCUAAGAAAACAAUUUUAGUAAAAAGCAUAAUAUUAUAUUACUUAUUUUGAACACUCGGUACCUGUAUCCAAAUAUCAAUAUAAUUUUGUGCUAAAGUACAUUAUUUUGUAUUAUUCGUGUAUAAGUAUUUAUUAUUUUUUUUUUUUUUUUUUUUUUUUUGAAGUUCAUGAAUAAUUUCAAAGUAAGAAGAAUUUAUUUAAUUACUAGCAGUACCUAUAUAAUAUGUAAUAUAAUUUAUAAUUUUUUUUUUGUUUCCUAUUGUUAACUAAAUGAUGAUGACGACGGUGGCAAGAUUUCUCACGAGGUUAAAUUGUUCUGUGGGUUAGUGAACUUGAUACAUAGGCGCUUGAUAUUUUGACUGCUGCAGUGUACUAUAUAAUAUUAAAUUCUAUUUUUUUUUUUUCUAAGGAUUUGGUUUUACACUAUUAUUUCCAGUCAUAGAUUCAACCGGUCACAGAUAAUGUGUGUUCAUCAUUGUGUCUGUCAGCUUCCUGUUGAUUAUAAUAUGCACAUGGUAUACGAUGAACAUUCAGUGUUUUCCAAACUAAAUGUUAACAAAUAUGCUGACGUAAAAUAGUAUAAGUACUACAUUUGGUUUUUUAAUAUAAUUCAAAGUACACGUCUGUUGUUUAAAUUCGACGGUUUAAAAUCUAGUUAUAUGUAUACCAAAUCCUUUUCAAAGUAGACAAAAUUAUGUCUAAUAAUAAUAGUAUAAUUAUAUUAUAAUUAAUAAUACAGUACAACGAUAUACAUGCUUAUUACUCGUACGAGUAAUAAUCUUAUGCCUACAAUAAAAUAAUUACUUUAGAGUGAUUAAGUUGAGAAUACCGUUUUUAAUAUUGUGCAUCAUCGAUCCAGUUAAACUACGACCUAUAUAACAAAGGAAAGUCAUCGACUCCUUUUAGAUACUCCCAUUGAUUAAUCGUACCUAAAAGUUAAAUGACCCCAAACCUUGUUUAAUAUUUUAUAAAUUACUAGGGUUGUUGUAUGUUAAAUAAUAUAUCCCUUUAAAUAUUUACCUUUUGUGUAAUUUUUGGAUAAAGGUAAUAAUAACCUAUGUUAUAUUAUGGUAUGUUGGUGGAAUAUUAUUUAUUAUUAAAUCAGUCCGUGGUUAGUUUUAACUUCUUUUUUUUUAAGUCCAAUCGGGUACCAUGUAUUUAGAUUUCAUAUAGGUCAUAAUAAUGUUUAGUGUAUUAACAGUGACGAAUCCUAACUAUCUGCCAGAAUAAUUAAUAAUUUUUUUAUAUUAAUCUCGAUUACCUGAUCGUCAUAGGGUCUAAAUAUAUAUAAUAAUAUAUUUUAUGAUUUGAACUUUUAAUACGUGCCAAUUAUUCUCGAGGGUUUGGCAGUCACCGUUGACCGUUGUGUGGCCCCUCGGUGCCGUUUAUUCAUUUCACAAAUUGAAAAUAUCCUUCGAUUUAUGAAUAACCCCGUUAAAUAGAUAAACAUUUUAUAGAUUAGAAAUACAUACAAGUAUUUUCAUCGUCGGAUUUAUAUUUAUCUUAGACUUUUUAGAUUCUGAGCAGAGCGAGGAAUGUAUUGAUUUUACUAUGAUGCUUUUUUUUCUGUCUGAAUAACUUUUCUACCAGAAAUCUUACUCCAAUCAAAAAACGCUGAAAGAUUUUUUUUUCAUAUUGAAUCUAAAUAUUAAAUUGGUGCAAUUAGAAGGUUGGCUUUAGAUUUCCCAAGCAGUUUUCAUAAUAAUUAGACGUAAAACGCGUAAAUAAAAAAAAAUUCAAAAUUCAAGUACGUAUAUUUAAAACCCUAUAUUGAAAUUAAAAAUUGAAUCUGAACAGAAUUUGGCUUCGAGUUCUUGUCGGAUCUCCAUCUUCUCCAUCUGUACAAAAUUGCAGAUCUAUGAGUGCAUAGAUUUGGUUGUGGCUUGCAUAUUGGAUUAUUAAAAACAUGUAUUAUUUACGUAUUAGUCAUUGUAUUUUUGAUUCCAUAUUAGUUUGUUUAAUACAUACGAGUAAUAUAUUAUACGUGCAAUUUGAUUAGUCACGUUACGCUUUAUUUUAUUUUUUUUCACUUUAGGUAUAUGAUGGUUUAAUAGAGUUUAUUUGUUAAGUAAGACUUAUUUAGUGAAAAUUAUACUAUAUUCUCUAUUAAAUAUUAUUAUAAUUUUUUUUUAUGGAUUUGCCAUCAGUUGUGUUAUAUAGGAACAUUUGUCAUUUUGUUUCCUUUCUAAUUAUUAUCGUUACGCGGGACGUUAUUUUAAUAAUGUAAAGUUUCUACAUGCCUAGAAACUGGCAAUGGACCAUGCGAUGCAUUUGGAUUCUGUCAGGGGUCGUUGAACUUUUGAACAAGAUGUCUUUAACCCUUUAAUCCUGUGAGUGAUGGAUGUAUUUUUAUUAUUUUUAAAUUUAUUAUAAUACUAUGCAAGUAUCCAAUAAUAUACUGACGACAUCUUAAGAUAUUGAAUUAUUUUUGAUUUUAUUAUAUAAAAUACAAAUUUGCUAUAAAUAUAUACGUCUAUCAAUAUCUUGUGAAUAACAAUACACCUAUAUGCAGGUAUCCGUAAAUAUAAAUAACGUAUUACGCUUUGUAAGCGCACGAUGUAAGUACUAAAAUAGUAUUAACGCUUUUUUGGUUUUUUGAUACAUAAAAAAACAUAGUAGGUAAUAAGUACCUACUUGUACAAAUAAAUUGGAUAGAUAUAUUUAAAAAAGAGUUAUCUGCAACAGGUACAAAUACAAUGGCCACUUUUAUUUCGUUACGGUCAAUUAGGCGUGUAUUUCUUUAAUUCCCGAAGACAAUGGUGUAAUUUUUUAUUAUUAUUAAAAGGAUAAUUGAAACGUAUCUAUAUAUUUACAUUGUGAUGAUAGUUUCUGCAAUAUACAAGUAUAACUAUAUUAAUUUUUUUUAAUCAUAUACCUACCUACGUGUUGACCUAAACCUUAAACGAAAUAUUUUGUGUUUUGAAAUUAAACCUGUGUGCUAUUACACAUUUAUACUUCACUAUAAUACAAAUAUAAACAUAUCUUGUAAUACUUAAAUUAUUUAUCCACAAAGUAAAAUAGGUAUCCUGUUUGAUGAUAUACUUCUAUUAAAACAUUUAGUUUUAUAAUAAUUAGUAUUAAUAUUAUAGAUAUUGCAAAAUAUUGUUGUCGAAUAGAGAUUUGAAAAUAAUCGUGUCAAUUAUGGAUUAUUCAUUUGAUUUAAAUCAAAAUAUUGAAAUAAAAAUAAAACCUUAUACCAGUGGUUCCCUGAUUAUAAACUGUGCCUCCUUUAGGAGGUUCAAAUAUUUAACAGGGGAAGCGCGAGGUAAAUAUUGAUAUUUUUGGAUCAACGAUAAUUUCGUUGAAACGUGUAUCUUAUUUAUUCUAUUAGACUAUGAGAGAGUCGGUAUGUAUGAGUAUGCAAAUCCUUAUCAUGUCGCCCGUAUAUUUUCAAACCAUAAUGACGAAUAUAUAUAUAUAUAUAUAUAUAUAUAUGACGAAUAACCUGAAGUUGCCAACAAAGUUUGGCCUAAUAAUAGUACACACUUUUUCAGCAGUUGCUGUUUUAAAAUUAAAAUAUUGGUAAAAACCUAAUAGGGAUAGUAUUUUCAACUAAAUGCUAUGAAUCAGUUCACUUUAACGAGUAAACUCAGUGAGUCAACUCUCAAGUUUCAAGUUCAUUAAAUUAAACAAUUCUAGUUAUCAUAAAUUAUUAUCAGAAUUACGUCAGAUACUACAGCAUCAUGAUGUAAUUUAAUAAUUAGUAUUUACAUUGUGGUGAAAGUGAGGCUGGACUUAUGAGUAAGUUAGAUACUUUAGGUACAUCGUCAGUUAAAACUAAAUCCGUAUAUUAUCUCCAAUAAUUCAGGAACUGAUAAGUAACAACACACAUCCGUAUUUUGUGAAUUGUAUUCGACAGCUGUACACUAAGUUAUUAAGUCACUGAGUUAUACCACUCUGAUUCGAUUCAUUCAGUUCACCUAAAAUAAUUAACUCAACUCACUCAUGAACUACCCAUCCUUAAAACUUAAUAUUGGUAAAGAAAUGCGUGUGGCUGUCACAACAUUGUUACCUAAUUUUGAAGAAUUAUUAAAUAGAAAACAAACACACUGUUCGCAUUAAGAUUAAAUAUUAAUAGUUAUGGUUUUUUUCUUCGUAAAAAUAAAAAUAUUCUGUAAUACUUUAAAUUGGAAUUAAAUAAUAUUUUUUGUUGAUUUAUUUUGGCAUAAAAAUACACAUGUUUGAAUACUUAAAUAAUAAGUAAUUUAUUUAUUCAUAGGAGGCGUGAUUAAUUUUUACUUUUAUGGAUGCGUAAACCAAAAAAGUUUGGGAACCGCUGCCCUAUACAGUAUAAAACAUGCUAAGUACCGUUCAUAUUUAGCUGUUUUUAUACGAUAUAUGAAAAUAUAGGUACGUUUAUUAUGUACAAUGUGCUACACGCUGAUUAAUUAUAAUUAUAUACGGUACCUAUCCCAUAGUAUAAUUUGAUAUAUUUUUAAGCGGUGUUUACAUUAUUACAGUGUUAUUUACACAAUGUACGUAAAAAUAGUAAAUCGUCCAGAGACACCCGUAUAUUAUUAUUAUAAUAUAAUACUAGUUGUACACCCGUCAUAUGACCGGUUAUAGUGAAUUUUAUAUUUGGUUGCCAUGGUAAAUCAACAAAGCAUUACAGACAAACGAAUCUGGCCUUUUAUAUGUAAAAAUUCAAUUUUUUUUUAUGUAUACAUACAUAUACAGGUGUCCCACAAAAAUAAUAUAUACCCAUUGCAAUAUCUCCGGAAAUAAUAAAAAAUAAUCAAAUUUUAGUUUUUUUUUAUAUAUAUAUAUUAGAGAUAAGGAGUACAAAUAUUUAUAUUUCAAUUUUUUAUAUUUUCGUAACUUUAUUACUUUAUUUUAUUAUUUUUCAAAAAUUUGAAGAUUUUAUAGUUUAUUCUUCAGAAAAUGUUGACGUAUCAACUUUUUAUUUUCAUUAAAUUCGUGAUUUUUAAUAAUUUUUUAAAGUUUCAAAAGAAAAAGUGUACAGUCAAUCAGACAUAAUAAUACAAUUCUCUAAUUAUUUUAAUAAAAAUUGUAGGUACUAUUCGUAUUUUAUACUGUACCUGCAUAUAUUAUAUGAUAAUACAUCGGGCUGUUUUUCUUCUGUGUAACUGAAAAUAGAAAUCUACGGCAGAAGUGAAAACAUUUUUUCCCCGUUGACCUGCCGUUUUUGAUUUUGCAUAACAAAUCUGACAAAUCAAUACAUAUUUGUAAUUAUAUUGUUGGUACGAAAACAAAAAAAAAAAAAAAAUAUUAAGAUAUAUCAAUAAUACUACACAAUAACUGUUAUAAUGAAGUACUUUCAUACCUAGGUACUUACUAAAAACGUAUGUCACCUUAGCAGUGCGUAUUAAUUUAUUGAUAUGUUUGACUUUUGUAUUUAUACUCGUAUACAUAGGUAUAGUAUUAUAAGAAUACAACGUUAUUAUUUGUGUUUAUGAAUAUUCGUUUGACUAAAGCAAGAAUAAAGGAUAUUAAUACCUACCUAUAUAAUAUAGGUACAUAUACUUCUACAAAAUUGGUUCACAUUGUAUAUUAUAACCCUGAGACUAUCAGUAUAAUAUAUUAUGUUAAUUUUACUGUCUAUUUAUAAAUAAUAAUAAUAAUCUACAGCAGCUGUCUAGAAUUUAAUUCGUGUUAAGCUCUAUCCGUAUACAAAUUUCUUCAGGAAUGUUCCCAGAUUUCUUCUAAACACAUUGUCUUAUUUGCUUUUAUCGAAAUGGGUAUUAAAAGUUGAUCGUGUAGUUACCUAUUAAAUGUUUCUGGUCGACACUUUCUUCAAAAUUAGACUAACCGUCUUACUGAAUAAUAGUUGUUCAGCCAGUUUUUCAACUUGUCUAUAUAUACAGCUGAAGUGAUGACUUAAAUGCAUUAUUGUUCUAUAUGGCUGUGCAGAUGACAAUGAAAACCAGUUUUUUUAUAUUAUGUAUAAGCUGUGGUUUCUGUUGCUCUUAAACCCUUUUUUGAAUAAUCUUAAUACGCUACUAGUCUGCUACUAUAUACUAUUUCAAAUAUGUCUCUUUUAUGUCAACGAUGUUUUUAUUUGUUGCUGUGGUCUGUGUGUAUUUUAGAUACAGCGUAGGUUCGUAGGUAUGAUUUGCAUCUCGGCGAAGUGAAAACAAUAACUAGAUGUUGUAUUAUUAUCAUUGUUUAGCUUUAUUUUAUUGCAUGUAAAAAUAAAACUGUAUAUCCGUUUAAUAUUCAAACAAAUUAGAAUCAAGUUUAAUAUUGUAGAGUUACUUACUACACAUUUAUUCGCAUUAAUCCAUUGGCAUGUUCAUUGCGCGCAAUAAAAAAAAUUGCGUGGAAAUAAAAUACAUUUAAAUUUAUAUUAAUAUAAUAUUAUUAUCUAUUACUUUUGUCCUAUAACAGUUAUAACGGAACUGCGAGGUCCGUAUAUAAUAUAUAAAUUAACGUUUUAAGUUUCAAUAUAUAUUAUAUAAGCACUUAUAGUUUAAAAUUAUUAUUAUUAUUUUUUUUUUUUGCAGAAAACCGUAAAACCUGUCACCGUUGCAUAUGGCGGGCGUCAAUAACGUAAGUACAUAUGAUAAUGCCCCAGAAAAUUCCAAUAACACACUCCUCGAGCACACUAACAAGGCUGAUGAUUCAGACGACGAAGAUUCGUUGCAGAACGUCAUCGACAAUGAGCUGUCUAGACGUUUGGACGAGUGCGAAGCUCCGGCCAAUCGUGUUAAAUACAGCGUAGAUAUAAUGCUAACAGCAGAAUCAAUUCACAGUGCCAGUGCUAAGGAGUCCGACAAUGUCGAAUACUCGGACCUUAGGCCUUUAAAACCGAACGAAUACCAAGUCCAAAAAGACACUAGUGAACAGUUUUUAUUAACAGAAAAACAACACUGCACAGAAGAUGUAACGGGUCUCAGUUCUGAAAUCGUUUUUGAAUUGUCCCCGAAUAAAUCCGAUAUCGAUAACGACGGUCCAUUGUCGUCCGACAAUAUGAGUAGUGGGUUCGAAGACGGUGUGACGAGAGAACUGUCUGACCUGCAAGAUCCUCCUUGCGCAGAGUUGGACGAACCUCGUAUUUUCACUAGGCCCCUACCAGUCGACGAGUCGGAUAACGUAACCGAAUUGGUAUUUGAUACUUGGACCACGGUUGAAGAUGUGACACCCGAAAUUCAAAAAAUCGAAGUAAACGGCGAUUAUGAAGAAAAGUCAACUUUGGACAUCAGCACUGCUACCUCUAAACAAGAGUGUUUUGAUAUUAACACACCGGCCAUUACUAACAGUGUUGUGAGUUUUCGUUUGAAUUAAUAACUAACAUAUUUUAUAGUAGUGGUCGGCAUCCUUUUUACAUGUCGUCAUUGGUUUCGCAAGCGAUUAAAAAAAAGCUGUGGUUGCCGACCAUUGAUUUAUGUAUUAUUACACGUGAUUUCGCUAACAUUUCACACUUUUUAACUGAUUUAUAGACGCGCUAAUUUAUUGAGACAUUGGUAUACGUUAACAAUGCGUUUUUGUGUAGUAUGUACCUAUGGAAAUUGGCCCUUAUAAAUAAAACGAUUUCUUAUUCGAUUCGUAAUUCAUUGGUGUGUGACGUGUAAUCAACCACAAUUCCUAUACCGAUGAAAUAAACUGUUAAGCACCAUGUUUAAUAAUAAUAUAUAUUGUUAUAAAUUAUACAGUCUGAGCCUUUUAUGCAUAUCUAUUAUGCAUCAUAUAUUAUCAUAAUAUUUCAAAAAUAUAUUUCGAUUUACUAUGAAAUUAUUUAGUUAGAAAAUCGUGUUUAAUGGUAUCACUAUAUCUGCUUGUUUGUUCUUGUUUGAUUAUCCACGCACCGCCCUAUUAACAAAAAUAAUAAAUAUUAAUAUGUUUUAUUUACACAUAGAUUUAACAAAAAUUUACUGUACAUUGUUUAUUACAUAUAAUAAAUAUUAUAAUCUAUUCAAAAAUUUAUGAACGUCACGGGCGAUGACUGAUGUGUAUUCGAUUUUGUCAAAUUGCUUAAUGAUGAUGCACAUCGAAAACCGUGAAAAAUUAUUCACUUUACCGGAAAUAUGGAUUUGCCAAAUAUUAUUGGAAACCACUAUGUUCUCAUACUCAUUUCCGAUCUCUUUGUUCGCUAAUCUCCCCGUCCAGUGAAAUACACCUGAAUUUUUUUUUUUUAAUUAAUAAGUAUAUUUACGAAAACCUGUUUUUUUUUUUUUUAAUACAUAAUUACUAGCUUUUUUUUUAUACCUACUGAUAUACAAUAUUAUAUUAGUUUUUUAUACUUAAGUCAUAAAGUUAUAUGUAAUAACACCAAUAACGCAUAAAAAUAAUUAUUCCCGAGCCGAUAGAAAACAUUAAAUUUUAUGUAAGGUUGAGAAAUAAAAUGUAAUAUGUUGAAUCCGGAUAAAAUGCGGUCGUAUAAUGCAGGUAUCUAACUAUAAAAUAAUAAUUAUUUGGUGCAAAUGAAAUUCUUUAUUUUUCUAGAAAUUUCCAGGAAUUUAUAACACAGUUUUUUAUUUUUGUUUAUUACGUAGAUCUACUUAGUUUAAACGUAACCAAUUUUAUUAUAGGUCUUCGAUUAUGUUUUCAGUUAAUGAAUUAUGAAAAAAAAUAUAUAUAUAUAUGUAUAUUGUAUAAUGUAUAUAUACAUAUGGCUAUAACAUAAUUAUCGUGCUUCUAUGGUAUUAUGAACAUUAUCCUGCACGCCACAAUCAAAGAGAAACAAUUACUUAACCCGAGUAGAAAAUUAUAGGUAUAUUAUUUAUAACAGGUACAGUACCUACCUAUAGUAUUUUGUUAUAGUAAGUGUAAAAACAAUAAUUCUUCUUUCAAAUAAUAAUAUGUUGGGCGGGUAGUACAUAUGUAUAGUGUUCCUCGCGGUGCGUUUUUGAAACCACGUAACACGCAACAUUUUUUAAGAUCUGAUAAUAAAAACACACUACCAAAUCUACCUAUGUAGUCAAUUGCCUCGUGUAGACAGUAGACACAUACGUAAGUAAACACCAAGUGGGGAUUGAAACAGAUGACAUGAUGUAUUUCGAGUCGUCCACACACUGCUGUCGGGUUAUCGUCACGGUGUUCUUCCCCUAUUGUUCAUUAUACCAUUGUACCCAGGGCAAUACAAUCGACUUAAAAUUAUAUUAUCUUGUGCAGUAGGAAAUUUAUGAUCGUCUUCGAUCCAUUUUUGUUCUUAAAACGUACAGGAAGUAAUAGUCGUUUAAUAUUAUGUUUGAUUGUGUUUUGGCAGACGGAGGUAGUGUCGGAGACGACGACCGAACGCAAAACGGUUAAAAAAAAGUCAUUGGCUUCCGGCGAACAGACUACUACGGUUGUCAAAACGAAAAAGACGAAAAAAUCGAAAAAAUCCGACGAAAAAGAAAACAUAUCCGUAGUAAGUUUUUAUAAAAACACACAGUUCAUCCUAUGCUAAGUUAUUUGACCCUACUUCUUACGUAAGUAGUUUUUUUUUCACUACUUACCUAUCAAUUAUUAAACAUCGUGCGAAACGAACGUAAAUGUUGUGCGUUUAUUAUAUUGAGUGAGAACCUGUUAAAAACAUGUUUCAUUAUUAUACCCCUUGAUUGAGUUCACGUAAAUUAUUUUAACGUGGAUUCACAUUGUAUUUAAUAACUGUUCGUGUAGCGCAAAGUCAAUAUUUCAAUUUAAAGUUUGUUUUGGUUUUGAAUUUGAUGGAUUUUUUUUAUUAUUAUUUAUAUCUAUAACUUAACACAAGUAGUUUUGUUUUGUGUUUGUAUUUUAAAUGCUUUUUUGAAUCACUUUUAAAAUUGAAUUUAGUACGUAUGAAACUUAGUAAACAGUAAACACACUUGUGUAUUUAAUUAUGUCUUAUUGUCAGUAUUACCAGUAUUCUGUUUGAAAUUAUUUAAAAUGUAACACUACUUUUGCAUGCAUUUUUGUAAUAGUUUUGAGUUUGAGUAUUUUAUGUGGCUUUUUAGAAUUUAAAUGGCCAUUCGAUAAAUGACACAACCUGUAGUCAAUACGACGAUUGUACAGUUGAGGAAGACGACUUAUCAAACGUAUGCGUUCGAGAUCUCGUAAGUAUUAAAAAAAAAAUGACCUCCCUAAAGCACCAACUACCCAAAUAAAAUUACCUAAAAAAAAAAUAAACAUUAUUGUAAAAUCAAUACAUUCCUCGCUUCGCUCUGAAUCUAAAAUAUAGUUUUACUAAAGUUACCUGUAUUUAAACAUAUUUUAUUAUUGGCAUGGCCGUUUCUCGAGCUUUCAAGUCUGUGGAUAUUUGUUUCUCAAUUAGUACCUACCUACAACAACACAAUGGGAUUUUUCGUUUACAAUAGUCCAUUUGGGUGCAAGCAUUUACAUUGUCCGAGAAUUAAUUGGAUGUUGACCUUGGAUUUCUCAUAUAUUUUCUUUUGUAUAUCUUGUAUUCUGUCGUGAAAUUAGUUUUGUAGUAGUUACUAGUUAGUAUCAGAUAUUCAGAUACAUAUAAUACACAGGUAGUAGAGAUUCCUGAGUAAUGUUUCAUUAUAGAAAAUACCGUUGGUACAGGUGAAACUUCUUCAUUUUAUUCUUAGUGUUAGUACAAGUCCGAAUAAUAAUAAUAAUAUACAAGCAAUGACGAUAAAAAAUGAUUAAUGCUAUCGUUAAUGUUUUUUGAAAUGCCUUUAUGAUUAUCAAUCUUUAAAUCAUCAAAAAAAAAAAUUAAAAUUAAAUUUUUUAAAUAAUUGGCGUUGACAAAUAUAUUUUAUUAAAUUGUUUUGAAAUAUACGUAUUUAAUUAUAUAAUUUACCCAUGUUAAGUAUAUGAUAAAUAAUAAAUAGGAAUUUAAAUAUGUAUUUAAAAUAAAAACAACGUAUUAUAGUGGUGCCUAUAAUAAUAUAAGACGUAAGUAAUAAUUAAUACAUUUUAUCGUAUAGCUUUGGAUAUAGGUACCUAAGUAUAUUCAAUUUAUCGAUACAAUAUCAUUAGGUAAAUUAAUAAAAGAAAACAUAUUUAUUUUUUUUUUUCUUGAGAUGAGACAAUAAUUAUUCUUUCUUUAUAGUUAGAUUUCUUUUACUGUAAAUAUUGAAUAUUUUAUAGUUUGUUCGUAUUAUAUUGUUUUGAAUUAUUCAUUCGGUCAGAUAAAUUAAUUGGCUCCUGGUUUCGUAUAUUAUAUAUCCACCUUCACUUUAGUUUGACUUCGUUGUAUCCAAUAAAUAUCUGUCAAUCUUGAGUCUUGAUAACCUCAUAAGGUCCGUGCUAUUUCUGAGUAAGAUUCCUAUACUGAGAAUGUGCAAUAUUGUGUCAUCAACAGGUUUAAGAAAAAAAAAAAAAUGAGAAUGAAACGUGCUUGGCGAUAAUUUAGUAUAGUAUUUAUUAUGAGUCAGUUAUUUAAAUCCCUUUGAGUGAUUAAUAAUAAUAAUAUUAAUUUUUGGCUAACGUAUAAUGUUUUCCGUUGUGUAUGAAUCACGUAGGUAUUAAAAAUUUCUACUGAAGUAUUUGAAAAUACAUUUGGUACCUACUAUAGUUGCAAUAAAAUUAAUUUGAAUUCUAUUAAAAUCUAUUGGGAAAUGAUUAUAAUUUACAAUAUUUAUUUGAAUUUGAUUAUGUAUCAUGUACCUGUAAUGUACAUUCUGUACAUAAAUGCACAUUUCAAAUAUCAUAUUAAAACACACGCGAAAUACUAUUUAUAACAAUAUGUAGUGCAUAGUAUGUGUGUCAUCAAAGUAUAAGUAUGACACAUGGUUUUUUUUUUAUUACAAGAAAAAAUUACAAUAACAGUAAACAACUUUUAUGUUUUAUUUUAUUUUUCGUAUGUUUUGUUUCUGGUUGAAUUGAUUUAAGAAAAAAAAAAUAUCCAUUUGGGAAUUAAUAAUUUUUUUUUCUUAAUUUCUCGUGCUUUUAUACACUUAAUAUUUUAAAAAAAAAAUUAACACAUGGUCAUCCUUAAGGAGGGGAAUAAUGUUUUUUUUAUUAGUUAAACAAAUCAUUCACAAGUGGAUUCUAGUUUUGUAUACCUAAAAAAAAUAUGUCCGUGUAUGCACCAUCUGAUGAUUCGAUUCGACCGGAAGUCAAAAAAUUAUAUAUACAUAUAUUACAUCAAAUACACAUUCGCCACACCUUUGCCUGAAUUCAAUAAUCGAAACUGAAAUGCACAUUUUAUUUGUGUUACACAUUCAAACUGACGUUAUUUUCUAAAUACUUAAAAAAAAAAAAAUAAAAAUAAACUACUACAGUGCGGUAUAAAAACUAUUAUUAUCCAGGAUUAGGAUUGCUGUGAGAUUAUUGUAUGUAUCUUUUUUUGUAAUGUAAACCGUACGAGUGAAAUGUAAUUAGCCGGGUGUUUUUCAUUGGCUGAGAAAAUUAUUUUUGUAUAUAAUUCUCGCGUUUAAAGGAAUACAAUGUCUAGAUCCCGUAAACAUUCUGAAAAAAAAAACUUUUUAUUUUAUUUUAAAUAUUGUAUUUCCCAUGUAUGUUUAAAGAAUGUGUUGAAAUAUAAUGGCAAGGUAAUAAACAAAUUAAGCGACGACGUUAAAGCUUUCAAUCCUAUAUGUACAUAUAUAAUGUAUAUAUUUUUUAAUAGAACAAUUAAUUUUUACUGUCGGAGAAAAUUUGUUUAUUUACAUUUAAUACAUGUGAAUGUAAUAUUAUAAUAAAGAAUGUAAAUUGUUUAACUUAUCGCCUGAUAAUUACAUCGAAAUUUGAAUUGUACAGUUGUGAAUGCACGCACUAUUAAAAAUAAAAAAUAGAGACUAGGUUUUGAUCCGAUAACGAAAAUCAAAAUAUACUACUACACUGCUUGAGUUAUGAUUAUUUUUGUGUGUACUUUGGUAGAAAAAAUCUUAUUGCGACGGAGCUAAUCGAAAGCCAUCCUCCGUCGUACCAGAAGAACCUGUUCCCGCUUCUAUUCCCAUCGAUGAAUUGGUAAGUAAAAGCUUUUUUUGAUUAUUUUCCUUUUUGCGUCCCUUCCUACAUCCUCAAAACGAAUCGAUCAACUGCUUGUCGUGUGCGCUUUUUGUUGUUGUCGCAUCCAUACGAUUUGUGAACGGAGUGUUUUUAUUUGCUAUUUGUUUUGUAAAGAAGCGAAAUUUUGUCGGUGCCAUCAAGAAACAACCAUCCGGAUGUGAAAACGGAAUGAUAAACGGUUGUUCGGUAAGUCACGGGUUUCACGAAGUGUUAUUAUUAUUAUUAUUUUGAAUGUUAAUACGCAUCUUGAUCAAAAUAAUUGCGCUUUGGUAGUUUGUUGUCAUUUUUUUUAGUAAUCAUUAAGGCCGAGGAACGCUAUUAUUAGAACACCUUGAUACACUUAUGUAGUGAUACGUGUCAAAGUACAUAAUAUUAUAUGGGUUAGAUUGGUUCUUGAAUAUUUUUUAUUUUUUAACAAAACAUAAUAUUAUUUCCUUUGUAAACAUUAAUAUUAUUAUCAUUAAGUGUUUUUGUAAAAAGAGCAUUAAUUUUAUCAAAAUUAAAUACAUUGGUUGUGGUAUCAGUGUGUAUAAAAAAAUGUAUAUUAAUAUAUCAAACAUUUUUAAGCUAAUACAUAUCGCCAUAAUUACAUAUUAUGUAUAGGUAUACUAAUGUGUAUAGAGUGUACCUAUGUGUCAUACAGAUUUGACGCUUUUUAAUAUUUACAAAAUUCCCAAAUACAUUCUAUAUAUGUUAUACUUUAGAACUGUUUAUUGAAUAAAACACUUAAUAAUGUAUGAAUAGUAAUGAAUUUUAUAUUUUCAAGGUUUUUAGAAUGCAUAAUGUUAAUUUUAGUAAAAUCUUGAUGUUUGAUUACAUUCAGUGCUGGAGUUUUAGUCAACGCCACUUAUCAAACAGUAAUUUGUUUUAAAGAUCAUGGAAUGUGUUAAAAACCCACACUGAUUCUCUAAAUUUCUCUACAAACAUUUUAAAUUAUAAUUUAAAAGUAAUUACCACAAUAUUAUACAGAUCAAUUUAUUUCAGCCUUUAAGUUAAAGUAUCUGUUUCAGCAUAAAUAAAAACAAUUAUAAAGUGUAGUAUAUACUGUAUAUAUUAUGUGAAUUUUAUGUUAGGGGGUACAAUUUUUACUAUUAAACUUAAUUACUUUGCUUUUUUUCAUCUGUAUUUUUCAUGCAAUAAAUAUCUAAUAAAAUUGUAUAGAAAAUAGAUUUGGUUUUGAUAACAAGAAAACAAUUUUUUUUUAAAUAUAUAUACAUUUUAAUUACAAUAUUAACAUAUCAAUAUUAUUGUUUUCAUUUAUAAUUUUUAACUGACACAUUUAGUAAUUUUAUUUAUUACUAUGUUAGCUAAAUGUAAAUUGUUUUUUAUUUGUCAAUUAUUAGAAGCAAUUUAAAUUUAAAAACUAAUUAUUAGCUAUUUUUUGAUAAAUCAAGAAUAAUUUAAUGUUUUUCAAAACUUCAAUUUUAAUACUAGAAAAUAAAUUAUUCAAUACAAUGGUAGAUUGCACUGCACAUAUUUUUGAAAUUAACUUUGUUAAAAUGCUUAUUUUUGAAAAAUUUGUUAUUUGUUAUUUUAUUUUGUAAUAAGUUAUACAAUUUGAAUUACUCUAUUAUUAUACCAAAACUAAAUUUUUUCUAUUACUUUUUUUUUUUCAUAUAGUAUUUGUGUUGGUUUAUAUUACAACUUUUGAGGUUUAUGGUAUUUUGUCAGUUCCUUCAUAAUUUAUUAUUCACCUAAUAUUUAUUACCAUGAUACAUAUUAAACACAGUUGUUUUAUUUUUUUUUAGAAAUCAAGUUUUGGGAAAUUCGAUCAGCUGGAAAAGAAAUCAGUUUUACAACAAAGAUCCUUAGAAUCUGAAAAAAGUGAUACCAAACAAGUAAUUAAUUAAACUUACAGAGCAGAUUUAGUUUUAUUUUGAAGACUGUAUUAUUAUAUUAGUUUUAUUAAUUUUUAGAAUGGUGUGUCACGUCCAGAAGUUAAUUCUGUGUGUAAGUCAUGUGAAAAGACUGUGUAUGCAAUGGAACAAAUAAAAGCGGAACGUCAAGUUUGGCAUAAAAACUGUUUCCGAUGUACAACAUGUAAUAAACAAUUGACGUAAGUUAGGAGGAAUUUAUUCCAUGAUAAUAAUUGCAUACAAUUUUUACACAACUUUAAAAUGUCAACACUGUAUAUCAAAAAUAAAAAUUUUACAUUUUUUCAUAAAACUGAGUUUAAGUUGCACCUGUUAAAAAUGUUUAAUCGAGUUUAAAUUUUAGAAGACUUAUUUAUUAAGUUGUAUUGAAACAAAUUUCAGGCCGGUACAUUCUAAAAUUUGAGGAAAUAUAUUGAUACUAUGUAAAUAACUGGCACCCUAAUAUAUAUAUAUUUUAGAAUUUUCAGAUAUUAAUUAAUGAUUUUGGUUUUGUUUUCAGACUUGAUAUUUACAGCAGUCACGAAGGCAUCUUAUAUUGUAAACCACAUUUUAAAGAGUUGUUUAAACCAAAAGUAGUUGUUGAGGAUGAAGAACCAAGUAAGUUAUUGUUCUUAUUAUACAUAGGUAUGAGGUUUUCAUAAACCAAAAAUAGGUGGAAUGUGGUAAUCAUUUAAUGAGACAAUAUUAUUAUUUUCAUUAAAUUAAAAUAGUUUUUGGAAAACCAUGAUACUAUUAAAACUUAGAAAAAAGUAUUCCAUCAACAUUAAAUUUGAAAAUAAUUACAGCUGUGUUGAUUUUUUUUUUUAUAAAACAUUUGAUCUGCUAUCGACAUAGUUCGACGCAAGAAACCAGAAAUGAUAAUACGUGAAAAUCAGCCCAUGGAAUUGCCACCAGAUGUGGUUAGAGGUAUAUCGUUGGACAGUAUUAUAAACCCAUCGUGUAACGUGUGUGUUGUAUUUAUAUGGUUUCUAGUAUUUGUUUCUGUUUGGUUUUUAAAACUUAUUUAAUAUUAAAUUGUCCCCAAAAUACUACAAAAUAUCUAAAUGAAAUAUUUAUGAUAUACAAACUGGAACGUUUACUAACCUCCUCAUAAUAUGCCGUGAACUGCUUUUUCCUACCUUUAAAAUGUAAUAUGACUAGCAAUUUAUAAAAAAUUUAAUUUAUUAUUUGUUUAGAUUAAAAGAAAAUAACAUCAUAAUAACUUAUAAACCUUGCAUUUGAUAUUCUAUAAUUUUAGCGAGUGAUAAACCGGAUCUGGGGUUAGAAGAAUUGAGUUCUUUAAAUGUGAAAUCACGUUUCCAAGCUUUUGAAAAUGUCACCACUAAUGGAAAUAGCCACAUGGAAAAAUCUCCAGUUAGUGUUAAACGGUCCCCGAGUAUAUUGAGUAAAUUAGCUAAGUAUGUAUUUUUAUUGGAUGUUUAUUUAAUUUAUUUUAAUUUUUUUUUUAUUUAUAAUCAUCAAUGGUCAUUAUUUUUAAUUGUCUAGAUUUCAAUCUAAAGGUAUGGAUGUAGGAGUUGCAAAUGAUGCAUUAAAUGGUGCAUUUUUUGAACCUUCAUCAAGUAGUGAAAGCGAAGACGAAGAUGCAGGGAACGACAUGUUAAAAAAUAGCAUCUCAAAAGAAAAACCAAUGAGUUUUGACAAAAUGGAGUCUGUUAAACGUAAUUGGGAAAUGCGCCGAGAAGAAAUGAAAGAAGAACACAAACAAGAAAUACAAAACAUAAGAUCUAAAUUAUUUGCGGUUAGUAACAGAAAAUGUAUUAACCAAAACUUACUUUAUAUAUUGUUCAUUAAAUUCUAAUAUCGAUUUUAACAAAAGUUUUAAAAGUUGAAUGACCUGUAAUUGUUGUGUGAGUUAGAUGUGUACAAGUGAUUUAGGUGCUAAUAAUUUACUUCAUACCUCUUACAAUGCAAUUUUUAUUUAUUUACCGAUUUUAUAUAAUAACUAAUUAAUUAAUUAAAUUUAUUUUUAUUUUGUUUAGGGAAAACAGGGAAAAAUGAAGCAGAUGUAUGAACAAGCUGUGGCUGAAAGUGAACGCAUAGGUGUUAAACGGGAUUUAAGUAUAAACAAAUCCGAUAAAGCCAAGGUAAUUAAAGAGAAAUUUGAAAAGGGUGAAAUAGUUAACAAUGAAGGUGAAGAUGUAGAUGAAAUCAACUCUAGUGUAUCUGUGACCAAUGGUGAAGAAGAUGAGAUGAGUGUUUUUGAAGCAGGUAUGUGAAAAAUAAAUAAUUUUUUAAUAUUUAUUUUAACUAUAUUUUCUUUCUUUUAGGAAUUUCUAAAAAAUCUCGUAGUUUAUUCAUGGAACUGGAUGCUAAUGCUGUAAAAACUAAACAAACUGUACCAGUUGUGAAUACUAAAAAAGAAUAUAUUCCUACAAAACAGGUAAAAAUACAGUUUAACAUUUUCUUAUAACUAUAACUGUAUUUAAAAUUAAUAUUAAAUUGGUAAUGCAAACAAUCAAAUAUGAAUGGAAGUAAUUAAGACAAAAUCAAAUAAAUAUUUAACAUUAAAAAGGUAUCAAAUUAUACCACAUGUAUACAUAAUAUAUGUAUAUAUAAUUUAAUGUUUUUAUAAUAUAAUAUUGUAUUCGAUUUAAAUUGAGAUAUAUUGAUAUUUUAAAUUUUGUUUUGAAUAUAUAAUUUAUUUAAGUCUAUAUGUGUUAUGUAAAUAUGUAUACACAAAACAGGUUAGACCAAUAUACAAUCGUCAAGUGUCCGAUGAUGUGGUCAAAUGCAGUGACCGCAUCGAGGACGUUUCUGUGGAAACAGCUGAAGUUUCUUCAAAGUUUAAAUUCUUUGAAACUUACAAGCCUCCUGAAGUCACUAAGAAACAAUUCAGGAUUACACCCCCACGAGAAGGCCAAAUUAAGGUUUCCUUAAUGCAAUUAUCUAAUUGGUUAUCCUAACCAUUUCCAAUUAAACUACUAAUUAUUAUUUUAUAUAAAAGAUAUGAGUGUUUUUGUAUAAUUAAUUUUUAUUAAUUUUUUUAUAAGCCAUGGGUUUCUUUUAUCAACUAAUCUUUCAGCAUUUGGGUUUAAAACAAUAAUUAAGUUUUUUGUAGUUUUGUUUUAUCUUGUAAUUGCUAGUCCAUAACAUUUUUUUUUUUUUUUUGUUUUAAGUUUUUACUUAAUAUUAACUAUAUGAAUAUCUAAAACUCAUUAGAAGAAGUUAAAAAGACUAAAGACUAAAAAGACCCCUCUUUUUUUGUUUUUUAAUGCUAUUUAGUAUUAAUUAUUAUUUUAUAUUGUUUACAAGGCUUUUUAAAUGUACUUUUUCAAAGUGUAAUCUGGACAAUUUGUUUUCAUAUAUUUUAUCUUAUAUUACUUAUAAGUAUGUUAGUUGUAAAUGAAAUAUUUUAGUAUGAGUAAACUAUAUUCAAAAAGGUAAAAAGAAACCUUUAAUAAUUAUGCAUUCAUGAGUCAAUAAUUUUUGCACCAUUAUAAUCGUCUAUUGUUUACUCAUGAACUAUAUUUUAUUUCAACUGUGUUGUAAAACGAAGAAUUAUUAAUUUUCCCAUAAAAUAUUUAAAAAUGUUUAACACUUUUUACUAAUGAUUUUUAGUAAUUAAAUAUUUGUGUUUAAAAUAUUUAAUUAAAAAUUAUAAUAUAAUCAAACAAUUUUAAUUAAUUGAUUAUUUUGUUGAGAAACAUUUUCCAUAUAUUCAUUAAAAUAAAAAAAAAAAGACGAAAAGUUGCUGCUGUAAAAAAUCUGCUGUAGUUACUUUGUUAGGACUUAAUUUAUUAAUCAUUACAAUUUAUCAUGCUAUUUGUAGUUUGUUGUAAUUGUAAUAUUCCUAAGUAGAUUAGUAAUACAAAUUAAAUUGGAUUUUUUUAUUCUGUAAAUAUUACUUUAGAGACUGUGAUAAUGUAUGUUUUUAUUAUUUCUAGUAAUAAACAUUUUAUCUAAAUUGAAAAAAUAGAUUCUUGUAUAAUGAAAUUAGAGAUUACUUAUUAUACAACAUUCAUUGUUUUGAAUAAUGCUCCAUUACUCUCUCUUUCUACUUAUACUUAAAAAUGGAAUAUUCCAUGAACAGGUUGACAGAAAUCAAAAAUUUAAACACCAACAUCAUUUAUUUAUACUCAUACUCAGUAUAUGUAUGAAACUUUUAAUAUAGGUUGCUAUUUGAAAACCAAAGUUGGUAUUCAUUUCACCUUCCAAAUUAAGUAUGACAAAAAUAAUGGUAAUGUAAAAUUUUAGAUUUGCUUGUUUCCUGAAUUUUCGAAAAAAAAUAUAUUUUUUUAAUAAAUCAAUAUUUUACAAAAAAAUAAGUGUUCAACGAUAAAAACAAUUUUUGUAUAAUAUUUUUGAAAAUUAUUUUGUAGGAUAAGUUUGAUUUUAAAAUUUGUACAUAUGUACAAUAAACCUUGUUUUGAAGAAAAAGAAGUAUUUUAGCUGCUUACAUUUUUCAUUUUCUAUUAAUCAGUUUAUACAAGUAUUUUUGUUUUAAAUAACAUAGUUACCAAAUUUAAAUUCAAAUGGUCUGAAUGCCAGCCUAUUAUCUAUGCUUAUUAAUGUGUGUCAAAGUUACAAAUCACAUUAUAGUUUGGAAUAAAAAUAUAUUAAAUGUAUUUUAUAUAUUUAUUAUAUUUUUUGAAAAAUAAAAAUACUUACAAUAUAAUUUUGAGUGUUGUACACUAAAAGAAUCACUGUGUGUUAUGAUUUUCAGUUUUUCAGUAAUAAAUAAAUAUCGAUUUUUAUUUAGAUCAUAGUCUCUAGAUGUAAAAUGUUUAUAUUAAAAAAUAUUAUAUAUAUAAUCCAUAAUACAUUAUUCUUUAUUUUAAUUUAGUAUUUCAUGUAAUUUUGUUUAAUUAAUAUUUUACUAAUCAUAAUUUUACCUAACUUACUUAUUACUGGAAUUAUAUUAUAUUGUAUUGUUAAUUGUAUAUAAAUUGUUAAAUAUUAUUUAUUUCUUGUUAUUAACUUUUCAAUUUUUAUUUUUAAUUAGGGUGAAUCUCCAGAACGUGACAUUUACCGUGAUCCCAACGUUGUGCGAAGUGAAGACCCUGUUGAUGAAACAGCAGAACUAGUUAAAAGUAACACAACUGCGAAGAUGUUGUCUUUGUUUAGACAAAUGGAAGUAGCCAGACCAUCAGUACCUGAUGGUCCAAAACCACUUAAAUGCUUUACUCCACCACCAGACUAUAAAGAAUCUGAAUCAGAAUCAGAAUCUGAUGAUGAUGAGGUUAGUGGUGAUGACGACAGUGAAGACGAUGAAUCUAUAAAUAGCGAUAGUAAUGGUGAUGUUGUCAAGUCAUCUAUGAAAGUUGAAGAUGAAUUUUUGAAAAAUGUAAGAUUCUAUUGUAUAUUAUAUUAUAAUUUAUUAUAAUUUACAGUAGAAACCAUUUAUAAUGACAUUAAUGACAUUCAAGGGACUAGUUAAAAUAAAUCAAAAUUUUCAUUAUAACCAAAAUUAUAAAAUAAAAUAUAAACACUUGAUUAUGUAUACAGUGUGGCCUACCAUAUUCAACAAAUUUUUUUAGAACUGUUAUUAUUAAAUAUUUUUCAAUUUUUUAUUUUCAAUACCAUAAACAUACAAAAAAAAGAAAAUAACUAUAUUUAUUUAUUUUACAAAAUUUUCAAUAGCCAUUUUGUAAAAGAUAUUAUUCUAAAAAUGUAAAUGUAUCUCAUAUUACAUCAAUGUGUCAUAUUUUUAUCACUAAAUCGUGACUUCAAUUCAUACAUGAAAAAUAAAAUAAAAUAAAUUGUUUUAUUAUUUUAAAAUUAAAUUUCCAUUACCUUCGAUUAAAAUUUUAUAAAGUUAUUAUAGAUAAUAGAUUUUACCAAUAUCACCAAAAAUAACUGUCAUAACAUCCAUAUAGUUAUUAUACAGAUGUUAUAAUAAUAAUCAAUACAAAUUAUAAUAUACAAUAUUUAAUUAAUUAAUUAAUUAAAUUUAAUUACCUUAAUUGCCAGGACCUUCAAUCUAAGGUUCAUUACACCUGAUAUGUUACUGCAACUGGUAAUUAUAAAUGGUAUCUACUGUAUAUUGAAUAUUGCAACAAUGAGUCUAAUGAUCAUAAAAAAUAGUGCUUGUGUAUUUAAUUUUUAGGUUAAUAAUAAUUUAAAUAAGUAUAUUGUUUACUAUUGUAUAAAAUGUAUAUUAUAAUAAUUAAAAUUAUCCAAUUUAGGCUCAAAAUGCAGUGAUGGCAAGGUCAUUGAAAGAGAAAUUUGAACAUUGGGAACCAGAUAAGCACUCUUUAAAUAAUGCUGUUACAAUGCUUGACUCUGAACAAGAGAGCAUUGAGUCAACUAAGUCUUUGCGUGCUCGUUUUGAAUCCUUGAAAGGCGAUCGUCCAGCUGAUAAGCCUAAACCAAAAGUUAAUAGAUUCUUGGUAAAUAACUCAGAAAGUAUUAAAUAUAGUUUAUAAACGCUUUUGAUUAAUCUCCUUCUUCCGUUUGGCCUGUCUGUUUUUUCUUCUUGUUUUUUUGUUUUUGUAGGCCAAUGCUAAUAUGUCGACAGUCGGACGAAAAAAAGAUAUUUAUUGGGACUUUUUUUACUAACGUCUGACGUGACGACAUAGACACAAAAAAAAUUAUUCUUAAACGAUUCAUUUUAUUAGGUAAAUGAUAUUUAAUGAGUUUCUGGAAUAUUGAAAGUCCAGUAUAUUAUGUGGUAAUUGUUUGUUGGUUGAUUCAUUUAUUAACCCCAAAAGAGGAAUACGAGUAAUAAUAAAUUAUUACUUAACUCUUUUUGUUGUUUUUUGUUUCUUUUAUUUUAAAAAAUUACCAGUUUGAUUGUCCUUAAUACAUAUUCAUGUCAUAAUUUUGAGCAGUUUAUUUUAUAUAAUAAUACGAGUAUGUUUGUUUAUUAAUUUGAUGCAUCUUUUGAGAAACUGUUUUGAUGAGCAACAAGUUGUCAAGCUUGUGCAUUUGGCAUUUGUAAAAGUUAUAUGAUUUAAGUACAAUAUAAUUACUUUGAAAUAUUUUAAGCAUAAUAAAUUAAAAAUAAUUGUAAAAUUUAAUUCCUUGAAUUUAAUAAAUUUGAUAAGUAUUAAACAGCUCAUAGCAUUAAAUAAUCACAUAGUGAAUUAAACAGUGGCAUCUUCCUAUUUGUUGAAUGUUUGAUGUAAAGUAAAACAUUGAGACUAUGAAAUGCUUAUGAUUAAUUUAUUCCCAACUAUCUUUAUGAAAAGGAGGGACUCCUAUCCAAAUAUAAUUAAAAUUCCUAGAAUUUUAUUUUUAAAUCAAGGAAUUUAUUGUUAACUUAAAACUUAACAUUCUCAUCUGUACAUAAUCACAGAAUAAUGUUACAAAGUAAUUUAUUGUCUAAUAUUAAUAAUGUGAGUAUUAUUGAUGAACAUUGCGUUUUCUGUGAUAAUGAACUUUUCAAUUUUCUGAUAGAAAAACAAAUUUAUUAUGAUUUAUUUAUAUAUUGCGUUCACUAUUAAAAAUUGUAUAUGUAUAUUUUUUAGCUCGUUCUAUAUUAAAUCAAGAGCAAUGUAAUUUUAUUAUUAUAUAUUUAACAUUAGGCGUGCGCAUAUAAAUCUAAAGUUAACAGUAUUUUAUAUUAAAUAACCAUAUUGAAUUAUUAAACGAGUGCAUGUCUAAUAUUAUUGCGAUACCAGUUAUCACAGAAAGCGAAAUAUUUAAAUGUUUUUAUUUUUUAUUUCUCAUUAUUAUUUAUUUAUUUUAUUUAUUUUUAACCAUUUAGUAUUUGAUAUUUUGUUGUGUUAUUUUUCAAAUAUAAAUCAAAAAUAUUAUUUUAAUUUUAAUUGUUGCGCUUAUUGUGAAAAAUCGCGUUUAACAACAUAAACAUUUUUAAUUCAAAAAAUAUUUACCAUUAUUUGUGAUUAAAAAAUAAUAAUAAUAAUGUAAAAUGCUUACAAAAUUUUGUUUGCCCAUAUUGAUUAACAACGAGUCUUUAAUAAGACAUUUACACAAGUACCUAUUAUUGUAUUGUCAACAAGGAGGUGAGUUUUUUUUUUUUUUAACAAAAUAUUUAUUAUUUUUACUUUUUAUUUACAUAUUAUUUAAAUUCAAAUGUAAUAUAAUAAUCAUAUCUAAUUUUCAGCUUUAUAACAACAUGUAUGUGUGUGUGUGUGUGUAAUGAAGUUGCGGCAAAAUAUUUUUGUACGGUUUCGUUUUUUAUUAUUCAUGUUUAAAUGGUGGUGGGUACUCAAAAAACACUGUCGUUUGGUGUAUAAUUAAUUAUAUAUUAGAGUAUUAUCAAAAACAUGCUUUUAAACUUACAAAAUGAACUUAGGCCUUGUUAGUCAUAGAGUUAGUCAAUAUUAUGAUUUAUGGUACCAGAAAAAAAAAAAAGAACUUACUAAAAAUUGUUUGAACAUUUUUUUUGGUAACAUUAAUUUGUCAAUGUUAUUGUUAAAAAAAAUGAAAAUAAAUUGAUAACAGACUUUCAAAAACUCAUUUAAAAAAAUUUUUCAUAUUCUCAUAUUUAUUUUAUUACCGAUUUCAAAUUUUUACAUACAACGUAGUUUGAGAAAUAAUUAAAGUAUGAAAGCAUGUUUCUAGGCAGUUUUUUUUUUCUGAGACGUCCUCCUAAGUAUAAUUUUUUGCCGCUAUUUCGGAUAACAUUUAUUAUUGUCGUUUUCAUUACAUAUACUUACACAAAACAGUGUAUGUACUGUAUUGUUCCCUAUAUCUGUUAUUUUUUUACUAAAUUUUAAAAAAAAAUACCUAAAAGUGCAAUGUCUAUUGUUUUAGAAUGUUGAUGGAUGAUUUUUUUUAGAUUCCAUUUGCAUUAGUUUUAAAACUAGAAAAAUAAAUAGUCGCACAUUUGAAUUAAGAACAAAAUAUUAUUUUUUUCAUUAUCUGAUUUUUGAAGGUUUCAUUUUUUUUUGUUCACAAUAGCCACUUAUGUAGUGUUUGCUUCAGUGAAUCACCUAAUAUUCUGAAAAAUUUGUUAUAUAAUUAUUGAAGAGUCGAGUAGUCCGGCUCCAGUGGUAUUCAAUUAUUAUUCUUUAAUCAGUUAUUAACCACAAUCUUUAUGUUUAUUAUCUAAUAUUCGUAAUAUAAAAUUUAGUUAAUAGUUUUCUGUUUAAAUCAUUGUAAAAUCUAGGUAAAUUAUACAUAUAUAAUAAAAAAAUUAUUCCUAUUUUUGAUUCAUUCUAAAAAAAAAGUCAUCCUGUACAUUAAUAUUGAUUAUACAUCAAAUUAAAGCUAUAACAUUAUAAACAAUAAUAAUAAUAAUAUAUUGUCAUAAAUUAUACUUAAUUGUUAAUUUUGUUUGGUACCUAUUUUUUUUGUUACAGUAAUAACUGAAGGACAGCCUGUCAACUUCGUAUUUAUACAAAAAAAAAAACUACGUAUAUUAUCUAACAUAAACAUUAUUUGUUUGAUUUUCAUUUUAUACUUUUCUUCUUUUUUUUCUUCUAAAAAAAAAAAUGCGAAUCAAAAUUGUUGUAUUAUCGAUUCGUUAAUAAUAUGUUAUUUUUUAUUUUUAUUAUAAACAAAAGUUAACAGAGAAAACAAUUUUAUCAACCUUAAUUAACAAUAAAUAUACAUUGUUUGUGUUGUCAAAAACCGUAUGUCAAACGUAUUAUAAUAAUAUUAUAUACCUUUAAUUAAUAGUCAUCACAUUUUUUUAUUAUGUUUACAAUUAGUUAACUCGAUCGAUAAAUUUCAUAUUUAUUUUAAAUAAUUUAAUUAGCUUAUUCAGUGUAAUGAUUUUUUUUUUUUUUGAUAAUUCUUAUUUUCAAUAUUGUUUUUUUUUUUAGUUUUUCUAUAGAUGAAAUUGUAACUACAAAUAAGUGGAAGCAAAACCUGAUCACUUUGACCUGUUUUGAGAGUGUUUGAAUGAGUAGGAGUAAACACAAACAUUUGAUUUUAAAUCACUAAUACCUAUAUUGUUCUGGAGCAAUUGAAUUUUAGUUUAUAUUAUUACUUGUAAUAUUUAAGCUGGAAAACAUAUUAUUUUUAUUGAUGUAAUCGUGAAUGUUUUUAUUUUAUUUGAAAUCUAUAAGAAAACGUUUUAAUAUAAUUUUAUUAUAAACAUCAAAAUUAUUAUUUUUUAAUGUAAUACUUACUAUAUAAUAUUUUAUAAUUUAAUGUCCCAACGAUUGUGAUUUGAAUAUGAUAUACCUAUUAAUAAAAAUUUUAUUUGGAUUACCCAGCUGACUCAUGGCGUGGUGUACAACAUAAUUAUAAUUAUCUAUUUGUAUUAUUGUUUUUUUAUUAUAAAUGUAUAAUAACUUUGCUAUAUUAUUUUAUUAAUAACAUUGUUUUGUUGUUUUUUGUCGUGAGCGGCGGAAGACAGCACAACAAGUUUUCAUACCAAUGAUGGCGGUCCGGUGAAAACCACCGCUAUGCGCGUAUGUACGUUUCGUCUUUCAAAAACGUAACUAUUCGCUGUCGUCACAUACUACAGUACUCACUAUAAAUGUUGUUGUCAUAAUAUACUUAUUAAUCAUCUUGUUACGUUAUCCUUGUCACAUUAUCAUUCACUUCUUACCAUAAUAUUGUCUUGUGCUAUUGUAUAUUACUAUAUAUUGCUGUUAUAAUAUCAUGUAUACUUAUUUGUUGUCUUCGUUAUUAAUUGUUAACUUUUGUUGUUUAGCAACAGCCUGACAGCCAGUUGACCGCCUUGUGUAAAUCCUGUGGAAAGAAAGUCUAUACUUUGGAAAAGGUCGAAAUCGAAGGUAGACCGUUUCACCGGGCAUGCUUCAGGUGCACGCAAUGCCAGUGCGUCUUGCGGUGAGUUUUUUUUUUUCCAUUAAUUUUAGUUAAUUAAUAAAGAAAUGUAUUGAUUUUAGUAUAAUAUAUUAUGAUAUAUGAUUUUUAUUUUUAUUGUCUAAUGUACAAGAUUUAUCAUCUUGUAUUGUAGUUAAAAAAAAAUGUAUGUAUCCUGAUUUAGUAAAUUUUUUUACAAACACGUUCAAAUUGGCAGCAUUUUAAAAUAUUAUAUUACAAUGCUAGCACUUUAUUGUUGACAAAGCAACACUAUCAACUGAACACUGCUCAAAACCUUUUUGUUAGCAAUGGUUAAUUAAUAUACAUUCAAUUUCUCCUCUACUACCUUCCCAACUUCUCACCCAUAACAGUGUCUGCAUCUAUCUCUAUUAUCCUAGGACAGCCUUUUAGAUUUCAAUAUCUAUACAUUUGAAUGUUGAACUUCUUUUUAUUUUUUACAAUGAUUAAUCAUUGCUUUCAGUAUGUAUACUAAAUUAAAUUAUUAUCUCUAUACCUUAAGAUUUUAACUUCUUACCUUAUACAGAGGCCAUCUUAAAUGUUAUAUUUAUUUAUUUUUUCCUCUUAGAAUGGAUACAUUUACGUGGAACAAUAACCGUUUGUAUUGCCUCCCACAUUUCAAACGGCUGUUUAUAUCAAAAGGAAAUUAUGAUGAGGGAUUUGGCGGUGACCAACACAAAAAAAAAUGGGAAAAUGUACAUUUGCAACAAGCGCCGCCCCUAGUCGUUGAAACCCCGACCGACUAGAAUCUCGUUCUACGAGAAAAAAUUAUUGAUUUAUAUUAAAAUUAGAAACAAAAAAUAAUUUGUACUUAAACAAUUUUAUAUCAAUGGAAAUGUGAUCUUAAGAAAUUAUUUAAUUUAAAUAUAAUAUGUAAGUCAAUAUUAUAUUAUACAUUGCAAAAAGUGAAUUUAUUUUAUAAACACAAUAUAUUUAUGUAACUUCUGAAAUUAUUUAUAUUAUUUAUUAGUUAGAAUUACCAAAAUCAUUAUUUUUAUUUAUUAUAUUACUAUUUUUAUAAGGAUUGUGUAUAACACACUA